GCCGGACUGUGCCUACUUCUCCUGUAGCUGCAGGACAUUGCCAAUACAGGCAGGGGAGCAGAGCCCAACAUGAACGACAUCUACAAGGCAGCGGUUGAGCAGCUGACAGACGAACAGAAAAAUGAGUUCAAGGCCGCCUUUGACAUUUUCGUGCAAGAUGCAGAAGACGGCUGCAUCAGCACCAAGGAGCUGGGCAAGGUGAUGAGGAUGCUGGGCCAGAACCCCACGCCGGAGGAGUUGCAGGAGAUGAUUGACGAGGUGGAUGAAGAUGGAAGCGGCACGGUGGACUUUGACGAGUUCCUGGUCAUGAUGGUGAGGUGCAUGAAGGACGACAGCAAAGGGAAGUCAGAGGAGGAACUGGCAGAGUUGUUUCGCAUGUUUGACAAAAACGCAGAUGGUUACAUCGACCUGGACGAGUUGAAAAUGAUGCUGGAAUCAACAGGAGAAGCAAUCACCGAGGAUGACAUCGAGGAGCUGAUGAAAGACGGGGACAAGAACAACGAUGGCAAAAUUGACUAUGACGAGUUCUUGGAGUUCAUGAAAGGAGUGGAGUAAUUCAUCAUACGACAAUAUGAUUUUUCUAUUCCUCCGUCCCGUCUGGAAAACUGGAAGCUGACUUGUGAUGGAGCUUUGGAACGACUUUGCAAGAUUUACCGCGUCUGACUGUUUUCUGUUGUAUUCCCCGCCCCCAACGCCGCCACUUGCAUUGUUGUAAAUAUAAUUUGUAACUAUUUUUUUGUGCCCAUGUGUACUGAAUUUAUGUAAAUUACAUACAGUAUUACAUUUGCAAUUUUUUUUUUAAUGUUUUAAGUUCCGUUUACAGGUAUUUUCACUGAGCAAAGAUUUUGAGACACCCUCAGGACUUUCUGUUUCCCUCACAUAGCCUCGGAAAGCCUGCAUUUUACAAUGUUUCGGAAUGUGGAGUAAAAAAAAUAAGC